AUGAAAGGCGUUCUGGACCAACCGGGAGAGCCGACCGUCCGAGGGGCGGAGCUACACCGGGUGAUUGACGCCGAGGCCCAACCAGGGAGAGUGCGGCGGGCGGGGGGCUGGGCUCGGGGCCGGGUAGGGGCUGAGGCGCCUCUCCGGAUCGGAGGCUUCGAAACACUCUGGAUCGGCCCAGGGCGGGGGGCCCAGGCAGGAAGUGCCUGUCCCUCUCCGCGCUCCCUCGGGGGUCCUAGCGCGGCCGACCCUCGUCCCUCAGGGCGGGCCCUGGUGCCGGGGCUGCGGACUGACGAGCUGGCCUGUUUCCUCUUUGUGAGGCCCAGGCGCGGCGGCCGCCGUCGGCCCGCCCCCGCCGCGCAACCCCGGCGACUGGCGCGAUCGCAACAGCCGCGACCCCCAGCUUGGCGCCCGCGCCCUCCAGCCCCAGCGCAACCUCGGAGGCCCUGCACGUCGCGGCCGGGGCCUCAGGCAGCCGGUCCGCGGGCAGUUUGGCCGGAGACCCCACAGCCUCGGCUGCCCCGCCCCCACGGGCCGCGUCCCCGCCGCAGCGUCGGGGGCGCGCCCCGGGCUCCGCGCCGCGGAGGUCGCCGCGGGAGCCACGAAGUGAAGUCUAAACUCGACUCUGAAAUAUGCGGCCGUAAUAACGCCACGGCGUGGCCCGUCCUUCAAAAGGGCCACAUCCUCACUCGGCUGGCACUUGCCACCGGCGGGGUGGCUGUGGUGGCUUUUGUUUGCUGUCCCGCAAAGGCUGGAUGCCCGCCACCCUGCCGUCCUGCGCCCCAGGAGACCCCGGGACGAGGGAGGGGUCCCCGCCCACUUGACUGGAGGGCGUGGCGCGACUGUUGGGCGGCCGUCGGGCGACCCGGGCCGCGGGGCGGCCCGCUCAGCUGUUUCCGGCCUCUGUUUGUUGUGCCGGAGGAGGCCGGGCCGCGCCGCGCUCGGGCCCGGUCCGCUCCCGAUUGGCCCGCGGCGUCACGUGCCGGCAAUCAGCUGGGGCCAGCCGGGGCUUCGGGGCCUGGGCGGCUGCGGCUGUUCACACCCGGCGCGGGGGUCGCCCGCAGUCCCCACGGCGAACUGCAUCCUUCCUCUCCUCGUGGGGCUGGGGAGUGUGAUUCCUCCUUCUGUGAAUUCUGCUUGCCAGGAUUGAAUCUGAACUGGAUUAUUAGUUACAGGGAGGCUCAGAGAUGAAUACUGAUACCACCAUUUUAUUGAUGAAGAAACAGGUGAGGAUACCUUAUCCAAAGUUUACACAACUUUUAAGCAGCAGAGCUAAGAUUUGAACCCAGAGUUCCAGUAUUUGGGAUACAUUGUUUAAAUCCUGGGGGUGGAGAGAGGAGGAGGCAGCAGCUAGUUAUACUUUCUGUUUUUAUAAUCUAUGUAUUGUUGAUCUUCAACACGCUGAACUUGCUACAGAAAGUUGAAGACUUUAGUUAGAAAACCCAUGAAGAAAAUGGAAGUGGGAUUAAAUUGAUUGUGCCACAUAUUCCUGUUGAUCCUUAAACCUGAAUGCCAACCAAGUUUCCUUUUUUUCUGGGAAAGAUUGCCUACUUUCUAAAGAAGAGCUCUUUUGCUAUCUGAACAAGUUUUUCAGCAAGGGUCAGUGCACUUUCUUUCAAGGGCCAGAUGGUGAAUAUUGUGAACUUUGUGGGCCAUAAGGUUUCAGUAGCAACUACUCAAACUCUGCCAUUAUACUGAAAGAGCAGCCAAGUAUCAACAAAUGGGUCUGGCUGUGUUCCAAUAAAAUUUUAUGUAUGGUCACUGAAAUGUGGAUUUCAUGUAAUUUUCAUGUGUCACAAAAAUAUUCUUUUGGUGUUUCUUCCCCAACCAUCUUAAGGUAUAAAAAGCUUUCUUAUGUUGCAAGCCAUGUAAAAACAGGUGGUGAGCUGAUUAUUGCCUGUAGGCCUUAGUUUUCUGACCCUUGCUUUUAAAGAAAAUAUUCAGCAAUAAGCCAGACUAAUGAACAGGGUAUAUGUGUGUGUGAUGUGUAAAUCAGCACCAGUGGUGAACAAGUGAAAUUUAAAAUUAAUGUAAUACCAUUUAGAUUAGCAUUCCCCCCCAAGAUGAAAUAUUUAGGUAUAAAUCUAACAAUGUGUACAAGAUCUAUGUGAGGAAGAAUAUAAAACUAAUGAAUGAAAUCAAGAAUAACUAAAUAAAUGGAAAGAAUUUGCCUGUUCAUGGAUAGGAAGACUCAAUGUUGUCAAGAUGUCAUUUCUUCCAACUUGUUCUGUAGAUUUGGUGCAAUCUCGGUCCAAAUUCAAGCAAGUUACUUUGUGAAUAUCUCAACAAAUUGAUUCUAAAGUUUCUAUAGAGAGCAGAAGACCCAGGAGAGGCAACACAAUAUUGAAGGAGAAGAAUUAAGUCAGAAGACUGACACGACCCAACUUAAAGGCUUAGUAUAGAAAGAAAGUGAAAGUUGCUCAGUUGUGUCUUACUCUUUGCGAUCCCAUGGAUUAUACAGUCCACAGUACUGGAGUGGGAGCCUAUCCCUUCUCCAGGGGAUCUUCCCAACCCAAGAAUCGAGCCAAGGUCUCUCACUUAGCAGGCGGAUUCUUUACCAGCUGAGCCACAAGGGAAGCCAACUUCAAGACUUAGCAUAUAUCUAUAGUAAUCAAGACAGUAUGGUGUUGGUGAAGGAAUAGACAAAUAGAUCAGUGGAACAGAAUAGAGAGCCCAGAAACAGGCCCACAUAAAUAUGGUCAACUGGUCUUUAACAGAGGACCAAAAGUUUGGCAGAAUUUUGGUUAUAAACUUGAACUUCAACACUGAUUCCAAAACACACAUUACUUAAGGAUACAGUAAGUGCCCUCAGAAUCAACAGAGAAUGUUAGUCAUCUGUGAAAGCAGCUCACACUUAAGAUAUUUUACAAAUGUGUGACUGAAAAUACUGUUACUCUUUUAAGUCCAAGCAAGGUGAUUAGCAUACCUGGGAAAUAAUUUAGUUUUUUUUUAAUUAAUUUAUUUUUAAACAUUUUGUAUUGGGGUAUAGCCAGUUAACAAUGCUGUGAUCGUUUCAGGUGUACAGCAAAGGAACUCAGCAGUACAUAUACACGUAUCUAUUCUCCCCACAACCCACCUUCGAUUCAGGCUGGCACGUAACACUGAGCAGAGUUCCAUGUGCUAUAUAACAAGUCUUUGUUAUCCAUUUUAAACAUAGCAGUGUGUACGUGACCUGGGAAAUAAUUUGGAUGUAAAAACAAUUAGAUGGAAAUUAAUUGUGGAAGAGUUUGUGGGGAUUUGGGGAGAUGAUGAAAAUAUUCUAAAAAGCUGGUUUGUGGUGAUGGUAGCACAAUUUUGUAAAUUUACUAAAAAUCAUUCAUUUGUACACUUAACAGUGGCCAAAUUUUAUGUCAAUUAUUCCUUUAAGAAAAUGUAGUUUAAAGAAUAAGCUACAUACUAUCCUAUCAGGUAAAAAGUUUCUGACAGGAUAAGCUCUUAGAAAGGGGUGUCUGAAGUACAUGCCUUUUAUAAGUACAUAAGGCUAAAGUACCUUACUUUCAUAGCUCUAGAAGUGAUGAGAAUGUGAACUAAGUUAUUGAUGAAGAAUGAGGAAGAAAGACCUUUAAAAGUGAUCUAGGAGGUCUUCUCAAUUUUGCAGUUUCUUAAAGAAGUUGCCAGGGUUUCUAGUUUAGGAGAGGGAUUAGAGUUGCCACCAGCAAAGUUAGGGAAUGUAAGUGGCUCAGCAUGGAGGCAGGAGAGGUGUGUGAGAAAUCUGAGGGAGAAAGACUGAAUUUGGCUGUCUUUUCUGGUCACUGGAGAGUAAGCGGGGUUAAAAGAGCUGGAGCAGAAUUUAGUUCAGAUCCCAGUUUGGCCAGUUUCAUAAAGUUACAGCCUUUAUGUCUUCCUCUACAAAAGUAGGAUAAUACAUACCUACUAAGAAAUUAUUAAGGUUGAAUGUGAUAAGUGAAGUACUGAAUGCAGUGUCCCAUAUGAUGUUGAUACUAAAUAUCAAGUCUAAGGCAGAGUUCAAUAUAUUGCCUAGGUCCAGAGAAACCUAAUUCAGGUGUUUUGCCAUAGCUUUUAAAUGACCUUCCCCUUCUGUGGUGAAGUGCCGGUAUGCUUGCCAUCAGUCUCCUGAGUGUGCACAGGGUAAAUGAGCACUAGGUUGCACUCCUAACCUGGUGAGGUGAAGGCCUAACAUGUGAAAUUCAAUGGCCUGCGAAGAUUUUUCUGUGUUCCAGACAUCUUUGACAGAAAGCAGUGUUUUGCUCACUUCUGAUAGAUUAUCUGGCAUUGUAGCUUAUCUGUUUUGGCAAAUGAGAACUACAUUUUACAGUUCUAUAUACAUAUAUAGAACUCUAUACAUGGCAACCACAACUAGGAAUAGUGAGUCUGUAUAGAUAUUUUUGGUCUUGUAAUGAAUCAUGUAACUGAAUUCAGUAAAGAUAGUUGGGUAAAAGUUAAAAAUAGUCUGAAUUUGAAGCAAGAAAGAGAAAGCAUGAUGUAAAAUCUAUUUACCCCAUUCAGAAAUAGUUUUCCUGUAUCCAGUAGUGAGCAAAUGGUCACAGCUAUUAAUACUGAACCAAAGAUAGAAUGAUAUAGGCAGAAGGUAUAGGAAGAGUUUGUUUUGAAGUUCAGAAUAUUUUCCUCAGUAGUAUUGCAUCUGCUAUCAGUCAAGUCAAAAAUAUCUGGUUAUUCCUGAAUUAUUGUUGAAGUAAGUUAGAUGAGUAUUGUAUUUGAAAGUUUGAAGAAACGUUGGCUUGAAAAUAACAGUUCCCAGAAGCCCAAGCUGGAGGAUAAAUGACCGCACAAAUACUAGUUUUUAGAGAAAUAAAAACUGAGGAGUACAUUUUCAGAGGUGUUGCCAUAAAACCCUGCUGGUGAUUCCUUUCUGUAAAUGACUGGUAGUAAGAAACAUGACCAAAAUCAACUACUCACAGGAUCACUGAAUGCUUUAUUUGGAUCAGGAGUCAUAAACUCAGAUGUCUUACAGGUAAAGUAAUUAUGUGGCACAAAAUAGAUAAAAAUGAAAUGACCUUGUGGGGAGAGUUGAAGGCACCUCUCAACUCUAGCCAGUUGUUACCAUAUGAGAAUAUAUGUCCUGUGUUGCCAGCUCUCCCCGUUGUUUAAAAACAAAUGCUCAAAACAGGCUGUUAAUGAAAUCUCUCAAAUUUUAAAUGAUUCUCAACUUUUUUAUUAAAAACUAAAAACCCUGGGCCUAAUUGAACACUAAUGUUUUGGUGUGGGAAGGGUUGUUUUGUUCACUGCUGUGUUCCUAUGCCAUCAAAUGAAUUCAGCCAGCAGGCCUCAGAUUUGCACCCUUUGAGCUUUGUGUAACAAAUACUGUAUUCUUAGGCAUCUGGGAGAAGUAAUUCUAUCCUAAAGACUGAAAUAAUAGGCAGCAAGUCUUUUAUUGUCAUUUUGCAGAAAUAUAAUCAAGAAAGCUAAAUGUCAUUUUUUAAGUCUUAUGUUUUUACCCAGGAUUUAUUUGUUGACACUCUUGUUUACUAGCUAUAAAUUGUAUAUUUACUAUUUGUUUUUCAUAACGUAUUGAACUUUCAUAUCAUAGUAUUUAGUGGGAGUCAUAAUUAUCUUGGUGACAGAAAUGUCACAUUUCUGAUGACAUUAAAACUGCCUCAUGGCUGAAGUUGACAGAUGUUAGAAGGAAUGGAAUUUUCUUUUUAAUUUGUAAUGAAUUUCCCCAAGUUUAAGAUGACACUGGAUUGCACAUGGAUUCUACAUUUUUCUUUUCCAUAGCAGUAGCUAUAUCAGCUCUAUAUGGUGUUUUAAAGACAAAUAAUAUUAAGUAUUUGAAACACAGGAGUUGAUCACUACACAAAGGAAUACAUUCUUUUUAAAAUGAAAAGCUACAGUGUAUUCUUGAUUAUACCUAGAUCUCUAAAAAUGUGCUGUUUUGGGAGAUUAAUUGCAAUGAAUUUAAGAAGUUACAUGUAUUAACUCAACUUUUAAAAUAUUGGAGUGUGAUUAUCCUUGUUUCAGAAGUUGGAUUCAGAGCUUUUUUUUCCAAUGUUUCAGCACUUCUGUGAUUUAUUGAAUCAAAAGACUUUCUUAAAUAUAGUAAGUUAUAUAAUAACGGCUCAUCUUUCUCUUCUCUUUUCUUAUUUUCCUAACCUUAUGCCAGCCUAGACCAUCUUGUAUGUCCUCUUCUUAGAGGAGUCAGUGUUAGAGUAACAGAAAAAUUUUGGCUUUGACUUGAGUGAGCCAUAUUCUGGUCAUGAUUUUCUGUGCUUGAAAGCUGUGUGACCUUUGACCAGUUAGUAACCUUGAAUAAUCUAUGAACUGGAGGUGACAACCUCACAGAGUUGUUGUGAUGAUUUUGAAAUAAGUAAAGCUUCUCUGGUGGCUUGGUGAUAAAGAAUCCGCCUGCCAAUGCAGGAGAUGCAGGUUCACCCUGGAUCAGGAAGAUCCUCUGGAGAAGGAAAUGACAGUCC